GAGAGAGCCCCUCCGGCGGCGCUGGGCCGCACUCCCGGCCGCCCUAUCUGGGUCGCGGGGCUGCUCUGAGAGUUACUUACAGGGAGAGGAGGCGCUCAGAGCCGGCCUGGCAGCCAGCACCCUCCAGCCAGCCCGGGCGAGCCAGCCAGACCCAGGGCGGCCCCUCCCGGCGCGGUCUCCUCCCAGAGGAUGCUUUGGGAGUGAGGCGCGGGGGCCACUCAGCACCCCGUGCAACCCUCCACUCCCCUGAGCCUCCUGGGGCUUGACGCGGUCAGGCCGACCCUUCUACCCAGCUGUUGCCCAGUAGGAACAUAACAGAGAACAGUGAGGAGGACUUCCUGGAGGGGGUGACAGCCAACACCCUGGGAUUGUACCCACAUCAAGAACCAUCCUCAGUAAUGGGCAACAUGGGGCUUCCAGGAGAGAUACCAGCUCUGGUUCUUAAAGGCCAGUUGCUGUUGCUGUUCCUGCUGUUGCUGCUGGGAUCACAGACCUCCCAGAGUCUGGUCAUCGUGCCCCCAGGGCCAGAGCUUGUCCUGAAUGUCUCCAGCACCUUUGUUCUGACCUGCUUGGGUUCAGCUCCCGUGAUGUGGGAAAGGAUGUUCCAGGUGCUCCAGCAGGAAGUGGCCAUGACCCAGGAUGGUGCCUUUUCUAGUAGGCUGACACUAACCAAUGUCACUGGGGGAGACACAGGAGAAUACUUCUGCACCUACAACAGCUCCCUAGGGCCGGAGCCCAGUGAGCGGAAGCGUCUCUAUAUCUUUGUGCCAGAUUCCACUAUGGGCUUCCUCCCUAUACACCCUGAGGAUACAUUCAUCUUUCUCACGGAAAUAACUGAGACAACAAUUCCAUGCCGAGUGACAGACCCCCAGCUGGUGGUGACACUGCAUGAGAAGAAAGUAGAUAUCCCACUGCCUAUCCCCUAUGACCACCAGCGAGGCUUCUCUGGUACCUUUGAGGACAAGACCUACAUCUGUAAAACCACCAUUGGGGACAGGGAAGUGGACUCUGAUGCCUAUUAUGUCUAUAGCCUCCAAGUGUCCUCCAUCAACGUCUCUGUGAGUGCAGUGCAGACUGUGGUCCGCCAGGGCGAGAACAUCACCAUUAUGUGCAUUGUGACAGGGAAUGAGGUAGUCAACUUCGAGUGGACAUACCCCCGCAUGGAGAGUGGACGAAUGGUGGAGCCAGUGACAGACUUCCUCCCUGAAGUGUCCUCCCAUAUCCGCUCCAUCCUGCACAUUCCCAAUGCUGAGUUGGAAGACACAGGGACCUACAUCUGCAAUGUGUCAGAGAGUGUGAACGACCAUCGAGAUGAAAAGGCCAUCAAUGUCACUGUGGUCGAAAGUGGCUAUGUGCGGCUGCUGGGGACACUGGGUGCUGUACAAAUUGCUGAGUUGCACCGGAGCCGGACACUGCAAGUGGUGUUCGAAGCCUACCCACCACCCACUGUCCUGUGGCUCAAGGACAACCACACCCUGAGUGACUCCAGUGCCGGCGAGAUCACCAUGUCCACCCGCAAUGUAUCUGAGACUUGGUAUGUGUCAGAACUGACCCUGGUGCGGGUGAAGGUGGCAGAGGCUGGCUGCUACACCAUGCGGGCCUUCCAUGAGGAUGCUGAGGCCCAGCUCUCCUUCAAGCUGCAGGUCAAUGUCCCUGUCCGCGUGCUGGAGCUGAGUGAGAGCCACCCUGCCAAUGGAGAGCAGACAAUCCGUUGUCGCGGCCGGGGCAUGCCCUCACCAAAUGUCACAUGGUCUACCUGCAGAGACCUUAAAAGGUGUCCACGCGAGCUUCCACCCACACCCCUGGGAAACAGCUCUGAGGAGGAGAGCCAGCUGGAGACAAAUGUGACAUUCUGGGAGGAAGAGCAGGAGUAUGAGGUAGUGAGCAUACUGCGUCUUCGUCAUGUGGAUCAGCCACUGUCAGUGCGCUGCACACUACAGAACCCGCUGGGCCUGGACAUGCAGGAAGUCACCGUGGUGCCGCAUUCCCUGCCCUUCAAGGUGGUGGUGAUCUCAGCCAUCCUAGCCUUGGUAGUCAUCACCAUCAUCUCCCUCAUCAUCCUCAUCAUUCUCUGGCAGAAGAAGCCACGCUAUGAGAUCCGAUGGAAAGUGAUUGAGUCUGUGAGCUCUGACGGCCACGAGUACAUCUACGUGGACCCUGUGCAGCUGCCUUAUGACUCCACGUGGGAGCUGCCGCGGGACCAGCUUGUGCUUGGACGUACCCUUGGCUCAGGGGCCUUUGGACAAGUGGUGGAAGCCACGGCUCAUGGCCUGAGCCAUUCACAGGCCACCAUGAAAGUGGCUGUCAAGAUGCUGAAAUCCACAGCCCGCAGCAGUGAGAAACAGGCCCUCAUGUCAGAGUUGAAGAUCAUGAGUCACCUCGGGCCUCACUUGAAUGUGGUCAAUCUGCUGGGGGCCUGCACCAAAGGAGGGCCUAUCUACAUCAUCACUGAGUACUGCCGCUAUGGUGACCUGGUGGACUAUCUGCAUCGUAAUAAGCACACGUUCCUGCAGCACCACUCAGACAAGCACCAGCCACCCAGCACUGAGCUCUACAGCAAUGCACUGCCCAUGGUGUUCCCUCUGUCCAGCCACGUGUCACUAACUGGGGAGAGUGAUGGUGGCUACAUGGACAUGAGCAAGGAUGAGUCGGUGGACUACGUGCCCAUGCUGGACAUGAAAGGAGACAUCAAAUAUGCGGACAUAGAGUCCUCCAACUACAUGGCCCCUUAUGAUAACUACGUCCCCUCUGCCCCUGAGAGGACGUAUCGGGCUACUUUGAUCAGUGAGUCUCCAGUGCUUAGCUACACAGACCUUGUGGGCUUCAGCUACCAGGUGGCGAAUGGCAUGGAGUUCCUGGCCUCUAAGAAUUGUGUCCACAGAGACUUGGCAGCCAGGAACGUGCUCAUUUGUGAGGGCAAACUGGUCAAGAUAUGUGACUUUGGCCUCGCUCGAGAUAUCAUGCGUGACUCAAACUACAUCUCUAAAGGCAGUACCUUCCUGCCUCUGAAGUGGAUGGCCCCAGAGAGCAUCUUCAACAGCCUCUACACCACUCUGAGCGACGUGUGGUCCUUUGGGAUUUUACUCUGGGAGAUCUUCACACUGGGUGGCACCCCUUACCCAGAGCUGCCCAUGAAUGAGCAGUUCUACAAUGCCAUCAAGCGGGGCUACCGCAUGGCCCAGCCUGCACAUGCUUCUGACGAGAUCUAUGAGAUCAUGCAGAAGUGCUGGGAAGAGAAGUUUGAGAUUCGGCCCCCCUUCUCUCAGCUAGUGCUGCUGCUUGAGAGACUGCUGAGUGAGGGUUACAAAAAGAAGUACCAGCAGGUGGAUGAGGAGUUUCUGAGGAGUGACCACCCAGCCAUCCUGCGGUCCCAAGCCCGCUUGUCUGGGUUCCACGGCCUUCAAUCUCCCCUGGACACCAGUUCUGUCCUCUACACUGCUGUUCAGCCCAACGAGGGUGACAAUGACUACAUCAUUCCCUUGCCUGAUCCGAAGCCUGAGGCUGUUGAUGAGGGACCCCUGGAGGGUUCCCCCAGCCUUGCCAGCUCCACCUUGAAUGAAGUCAACACUUCCUCUACCAUCUCCUGCGACAGCCCUCUGGACCCCCAAGAAGAGCCAGAGCAGAAGCUUCAGCCCCAUACCCAGGUGGAGCCAGAGAUGGAGCUGGGGGAGCCACGGGAUUCAGGCUGCCCUGGGCCUCUGGCUGAAGCAGAGGACAGCUUCCUGUAGACCCUAACCCACAUGCAUAUGCUCCCGUCAGCCUCCUGGCACCCAGAUCUCCUGGUCAGGCCUGUCCUCCCAGACGCCAUGCUACCCUUUACAGGAAGGCUUCUGCCCUUAACAUGCAGUGUCCCAAGUCCUGGGGGCCAGCUUAGGAGGCAUGAGAACUGUAGGGACUGCUUUGAGAAGGCCAUGAGAUUCUGAGCCAGGGCUUCCUUCCCAGGGGACUCAGUUUACCCAAAUAUAAGACAAGAAGCUGGGCUUGGUAACCCACAGUCUAGUUAAUGGACAGGUGGGAAGCUUAGCAUCCCUGGGGGAGAUUUUUAGGGGAGUGAGGUGAUAAGUUAACAUCUUUAUCUGUCCCCCUCCUUUGACCUACCCAAGAACUGGGGAAGGACCUGGCACCCCUGGCUCCUGGUUGAGCUGAGGCUGCCUUAGGACAGUAUCAUUUCACCCAGAAAUUACCUUCCCCUAGAACCAGCUUCUACUCUCCCAGGCCUGAGCUAGUCUAGGGCCAGCUAUGCUUAAUUACUGCUGUUAUUUCCCGGGACAGAGCCCAGGGCACCUUGGCAUACUGCCUCUGUCCGGGGCCCUUGGGGUACACUCAGCCAUCCAUGUCUUUCAGGCCCCACCAGUCCUUGGACCUUUUCCUUAGCAUCCUAGUCUUAAUGUGCCCACCAAAGUCUGUAGGCCCAGAUGGGGCCUUCAUCAGUGAUACGUUAAGGUGUCCUGUGAAGUUUGCACCACCGGAGGUUCUGACUCGGUGCUGGACCUGCUGUGAGGCCUUGGAAGUCUCCCUUGCUUUCUCAGAUCUUGGUUUUCCAAUUUGAAAAUAAGCAAGUUAGACUCAUUAACUCUACUGUCAACGCCAGUAUUCUAGAGUAUUCCAUUGGUCUACAUCCAGAUGAAACAAGGCCAAGUCCCCAAGCCACCUUCAUGGAGGUUCACUGGCCUCUGGGGAAAUUCCAGAUACAAACUCUGCUCUGGGGUUGAGGAACUGUACAAGUGCAGCUGCUGAGACCUUGACUUGAAGUGACAAGCUAGUGUCCUGGAAAGCCCCCACAGCUGCCCUAGGAACAUGGAAGAACCAUGAGACCUCUUUCAGCACCAUGAUGAGCGCUGGAAGUGGCCCAGGCAUGGAAGGCAAAGAGGACAGACAAGUUAGGUCGCCUCAGGCCACUGUUGCCUGAAGUGUGUGCAUAUACAGUAGACAGUAGGGACAGGCGUGUCAUGAAAGAUGAGAAGCAUGUUGUCUCAACUGCCACUUGGCCCAUGUCCUAGGCAGCACUGCCCAGGGAUGUGGUUUUGUCCCUGCCUAAGUCUGGCAGUGACAUCUUAUUAUCUCCAAACCAGUGGGAAUUGGAGGUGCCUGAGGAGUGGGGAUUGUAAUAAAGACCGCCAGGAGAGGAGGGCUGGAAUAGGCUCUUCUGGGGCCUGUCCUUCAAUGGCAGCUCCCACUUGGGGCCCCAGUGUCUGGCUGAAGAGGGGGAGUGGCUUCUCACUACGGUACCAAAGAUGUAAUCACUUAGGUUUACAAGUAUUUUUAAGACUCACAUUAACUCACAUUUAUACAUCCGAAGUGCUAUUUUGUAUUCUAUUAAGUUUUACUAUCUGUGUACUUUUUUAAGGGAGAUUUUUAAAAUUAAACUUGGUGCUUCUCACUUA